UUUCUAUAAAGAGAUACACAAUUGCGCGUGCGUCAAUUUGCUAGUUGUUCUUCUUGACACGCAAAAUUCACCCCGCUCUGGUUUUAGCGAAUCUAAAUUUUUCAGAAUGCAACACGGCAACAAUCCAAGGCCAUCUUAUGGCGCCCCACCACACAAGAGGUUCAGGAACGCUAAUGGAGGGGCUAACAACAGGAGAAAGCAGCCUAACUUCUCUGCUGACAUAGUGUUCACCACCAAGGCGGGAAAUGUCCAGACCAUCCCCUCCUUGACCAAACAGUUGAAGGCCAUCACUGGUGAGACUGUCAUUGGUCUUCAGUAUCUGUGGGAGUACCGCAGCCCCAGUAAGUCAGUCCCGCCCCAUUACCAGUGUAAACUCUGCAAGGUGAGCCGUCUGCAGACUGACAUGCUGGCUCACAUCAAGGGCUGGAAGCACUCCUUCAGAUACAUGAAGCAAAAUCAUUCUGCCAAGGUGCCCUUUGAGGAAGAUGCUGCCACAAAGGACCAUGAAGUGAGGAAGAAGGUGAAAAAAGCAGCAGCAGAGCUGGAGAAGGCAGAGGGCAGGGGACAGCUAAAGGUGAUUCUGAAGGAGCCCAGUGAGGUCCAAGCGUUUGCAGGACUACGUUCAGCAAUCCCCAACAUGGGGCCGCCAGGAGGGAUGGGAGCUAGAGGACCAAAACCAGGUGGCAGGUUUGCAGAGCCUCUGUUCCCAGGGGAGUUCCCUCUCCAAGGCGGCCUCCUCAACUACCCCAUGGGUGGUAUGGGGGGCUACUCUGACCCCCUUUCUCGCUCCACUCCCUCUACAGCCUUCCAGAAAAGGGACAUGAGCUUCCGAGGCUACCCUGACAAUACAGGGGGGCAGAGGCUGGGGGGUUCAGCCGAUGGCUUUGGGCUGGGAAGGGACGGAGGCUUUGGCCAGGAGGGGCUGUUGGGGGAGAGUCCGGGAAGCCGCUACCCUGAUGAGUUCAGAGGGGGACAGAUGGGAAGUGGAUCAGGCCAAGGGUUGAUGGGAGCUGUGCCUGAAACCAGCAGCCUUCCGUCCACACUGCUCAAAUACCUGGACAAUUUCCAGAUCGAGAACGAGGGUGAUGCUCAGAUCGUGCUGAAGGUGACACAGAAGCUGACGGAUGUCCUAAUGGACUACAGACUUAGGAGUGUUUCCUCGCAGGGUCCUAGUAUGAAGAGCGGUUCGUCGCUGGGCUCCAUGAGCUACUCCGAUUCUCCCAGAAUGUCUAGCGGUAGUGACCGCUUCUCAGGUGGCUUCUCUGGGAACCUUUCCGGCCCUUCCAGAUACUCUGAUGGUCCAUCCAGGUACUACAAGUAACUGAUCCAUCCCCACGUGACAUCCAUCUUCCUGGGGUAACCCAUCCACCACCUCCGCCUCACCCCCAAGAUAUACCCUGAGUCCAUGGGGUCUGCAGCUGUCUAGCCACUGAAGAGGAUUUUUAUUUUAUAUAGUUAUAAUUUUCCUUCAAAGCAGAAACUCUGAUACAAUUGUGUACUUAUUAGUGCAGACUUUGUUUUUACAUAACUUAUUUUGACAUGAAUAGAUUGGACCAAAGUUUGACUUUUAGUUUUAACCAUUGUCUGUAUUCAUAUGUGAUUUUGGCAUAUAUUUUACUGGGGUUUCUUGGAUGAAUCUUGUUUAAUGUUUAGAAAUUAAGUGUUUGAUAGAAAACAAGUGUAAUGUUUAGGGAAACAGAUGUUUGGUGGUAAAUGGGUUACUGAUGUACUGACUGCUGUUUGAGUUGGGCUUGUCAUCGCUGUUUUUCUCCACACCUGGCUUCACCUGCAGUAUCGUCUGAGACCAGCCACCCUGACAGCUGAUGAAACUGAGGAGUAUUUCUGUCUGUUAAAGCCCUUUUGUGGGGGGAAACUCAUUCUGAGUGGCUGGGCCUGAACGGAAUCCCAGGAUUUAUAGUGCAUUCGGAAAGUUUUCAGACACUGACUUUUUCCACAUUUUCUUACGUUAUAGCCGUAUUCUAAAAUGUAUUCAUCUACACACACUACCCAAUAAGUAAAAACAGGUUUUUUGAAAUGUUUGCAAAUGAAUUAAACUGAAAUAUAUUUGCAUAAGUAUUCAGACCCUUUACUCAGUACUUUGUUGACGCACCAUUGCCAGCAAUUACAGCCUCGUUGUCUUCGGUAAGACGCUACAAGCUGUAUAUGGGGAGUUUCUCUUGUUCUCUGCAGAUCCUUUCACGCUGUCAGAUUGGAUGGGGAGCAUCACUGCAUAGCUAUUUUCAGGUCUCCAGAGAUGUUUGAUUGGAUUGAAGUCUGGGCUCUGACCGGGUCACUCCAGGACAUUGACUUGUUCUGAAGCCACUCCUGGGUUGUCUUGGCUGUGUGCUUAGGGUCGUUGUCCUUUUGAAAGUGAACCUUUGCCCCGGUCUGAGGUCCUGAGCACUCUGGAGCAGGUUUUCAUCAUGGAUCUCUCUGUACCUUGCUCUGUCUUUCCCUUGGUCCUGACUAGUCUCCCUGCCACUGAAAAACAUCCCCACAUCAUGAUGCUGCCACCAUACUUCACCGUAGGGAUGGUGCCAGGUUUUCUCCAGAUGUGACGCUUGGCCUUCAGGCCAAAGAGUUCAAUCUUGGUUUCAUCAGACCAGAGAAUCUUGUUCCUCAUGGUCAGAGUCCUUCAGGUUCAUUUUAGCAAACUCCAAGCGGGCUGUCUUGUGCCUUUACUGGGUGGCUUCCGUCUGGCCUCUACCGUAAAGGCCUGAUUGGUGGAGUGCUGCCGAGAUGGUUGUCCGUCUGGAAGGUUCUCCACAGAGGAACUCUGGAGCUCUGUCAGUGACCAUCGGGUUCUUGAUAACCUCCCUGACCAAGGCCCUUCUACCCCGACUGCAGCCAGCUCUAGGAAGUCUUGGUGGUUCCAAACUUCACUUCUUGCGCUGACAUGCACUGUCAACUGUGGGACAUUAUAUAGACUGGUAUGCCUUUCCAAAUCCUGCCCAAUCAAUUUAAUUUACCACAGGUGGACUCCAAACAAGUUGCAGAAACAUCAAGUAUGAUCAAUGGAAACAGGAUGCACCAGAGCUCAAUUUUGAGUCUCAUAGCAAAGGGUCUGAAUACUUAAGAAUAUGUAUGUUUUUUAUUUGUAAUAAAUUUGCAAACAUUUCUAAAAAAACAUGUUUUCACUUUGUCCAUAUGGGUUGUGUGUAGAUUGAGGGGCAAAAUGUAUUUAAUCCAUUUUAGAGUACUUUCCAAAUGCACAGUAUGGAGGAUAUUGUUCCUUCGAUGUAAAACUGGAACUGUGCAUCACCCAGGGGAUUCUGAGCUGUAUUUUAACUGAUCCAACAAAAUCGGGAACUGAAAAUAAACUGUCUCAGUGGUAUCAUC